ACCGGUGGCACACAGUUACCUGUGCAGCCCUUCCUGCUUGCGGGUGUGUUCAUGUUUCUGCCUGAUGUUUACGCCUUCUUUCUGUUUUCUUUUGCAUGUUUUCUCGGCUGGAUUGCAAUAGAGAAGAAGAAAAUGAGGGCAAGACUGAAACCGUGCAGAAAGCUGGCUUUAUCAAAGGCCCAGUGUUCAAAGGUGUUGCUUCUAGUCGCUUUUUGCCCAAAGGCACCAAAACAAAGGUUAACCUUGAGGAGCAAGGAAGACAGAAGGUGUCUUUCAGCUUUAGCUUAACCAAGAAAACCUUACCGAACAGAUUUCUGGCCGGUCUGGGAAACGAGAAACAAAAUGAAACUCAGAACUCCCCAGCAGUACCCUUACAGACUGAUUUUAACCCCAAAAUUAAAAUGGACCUUGGGGAUGCUGCUGGUUCGGCGGAGGAGUCUUCACCUCCAAAACCGAAGGUAGAACUGGGGAAGAUCCAUUUUAAGAAGCAUUUACUUAGCGUCACAACCAAACCCCCCCCACCAGCUGCAGCAGCGACCUUACUGCCGCCGCCACCGGCUCUGGCACCGGUAACGGAACCAGUGGCAGCAGGCGUGGACUUUCCAUCAGCACCACCACCACCUCCACCAACAGCAUCACCAGCAGCACCAAUGCCGGUCCCCGCUGCAGCAGCCUUGCCACAGCUGCCCAUCACGCUCAUGUCGACGCUGUUGCUGUCACCGCCUGUAGAAGCAGAAGUCCCAGCUUCGAAGGAGCCGUGUCACGUCGUCCCUAAGGAGGCUCUGGAGCUGGACCUUAAGCAGGAUGCGGUAUCGCACGGUUUGGAAGAGCACAUAACUCAACACGUGGCCGAGCAGGUGGAAGUAACUCCACAGAAGGAAGAUUCCCAUAUUGGGAAAGAUGAUGAGGUUUCAGACAGCUCCAAGGGUGCUUCUUUGUGCUCUAGGAAACUGGGCUCCAAAAGGAAGUUCUCCCAGUCUGACGGCACGUUGCUGGGCUCUGAGUCUGAUGAAGAUUCCGUGAGGACUUCCUCCAGCCAGCGCUCGCAUGAGCAGAAGAUAUCCAGUGCGGAAAAGGAGAGGGAUCCCAGGAAAAGCUCUUCCUCUCUCCGAGGAGAAGAGCUGAAGUCCUCCUCACGCUCCAAAUCGGACAGAGAUGAGAAGUAUUCUAGCUAUUCGAAAUCGGAACGAGAUUCGCGGUAUGCAUCCUCCCGAUCCAGGUCAGACAGAGAGAGAAGGCGAAGCCGGUCCCAUUCUCGGUCCCGGUCGGAUCGCAGCUCCCGAACCAGCUCUUCCUACUCGAGGUCGGAGCGCUCGCAUUACUACGAAUCUGACCGCAGGUAUCACCGGAGCUCCCCGUACAGAGAAAGGUCAAGAUACUCCCGCUCGUACGCAGACUCCAGGGGGAGGGAGAGCUCUGAUUCGGAAGAGGAGUACAGGAGGACGCAUUCCAGAUCCAGUGACUCGAGGCGCACGUCGUCCCACUCCUCGUACAGGGAGUCAAGGACUUCUUACUCUAAAUCAGACAGGGACAGCAAAGUAGAGUCAUCUCAUGCUGACACGGAGAGGAGAGGAAAGUCUUCUUCAAAAGCAGAUAGAGAUUCAAAACGGACUUCAGAAAGUGAAGUAACCAAAAGGUGCUCUCCCCUUAACGAGCUCGGGUAUCGAAAGGGGACUUCCCAUUCUAAGCCUGACAGUAAUGUGAAUUCUUCCCGUUAUAAGUCCACCCCUUCAAAGAUCCCUGCACCAAAGCCUGAUAAAUUUAAAAGUUCUUUCUGUUGUACAGAAUCAGUUGAAGAAAUAAAACAGCAGUCUAAUUCUCUAGAUUUAGAGACCUCUUGUCUAAAAAGCAAUGAGAUCAGAGUGUCCAUUGCAAAAAGAUUUGAAAGGGAAAAGACACUUUCUCCAUUAAAUCAGUUAAAUGAUUCCCCCGCUUUUAAAAAGACAGAUGAAUCGAAAGCUGCUUUUCCUCACUCAGGGUCUGAGGAACUCGCAGGGAAUGAAUGCCAUGACAGUGUUAAGGAACAAGAGACUUCAAUGAGGGUAAAGCACGAGCAAUUGAGAACGUGUUUCCCUAUGGAAAUGAAUAUAAAUGGGUCCCCAGAGGGUAGCUCUGUCGAUCUGGCGACUCCCAGUGCCUCCAAAGCAGAGGAUGUCGCGGUGUCUUCUGAUGAUAGUUUGUGUCGGUUGGAAGCGUCGCACGUCGGAAGGACGAGUAACUCGUAUCCGCUGCCGUCGAAUGGGUUUGAGAGCACGUACGCCCAUAAGGAGCACGAGCCCGAAGAUUCUCACAUCCAGUCCAGCGAGUGUAGCAGCCUGUUCAAGGAGGACGAGGCUCUGGUCCUGGAGCAGCAAGGUGAAGCUAUGCCUUCGCCGGUUGUGAAUGUAGAUCAUUCCAAAAUUUCAGCGAAGAAGCUGGAGGAUCAGGCAGCUCCCUGUGACAAAACCAAAGAACCAGUUUUCUGCUACGCUUCAGACGACGCUGCUCCUUCUUUGUAUCAUGCGGAGGUUGAGAUCGAAGUUGAACCAGCAGAUGUGAAAGUGACUUCCGAGGCGUUUCUGGACUUGCACGUUGAACCGCAGACGGUGACGUGCGACUACGAAAGCACAGAGGAUCCGAAUUCAAAGCCCGUGCGUGAUGAGGAGCAGUAUCACGUUAACCCACCCCAUCAAGCUGGCCUGGCUGUGGAUAGUUCGAGCAGGGAUUCUGCCCAGGAGUGUUCCCCUGGAAUCAGGCAGGACUGUCCUGUGGUUACGGAGCAUCUGGAGGAAAACAUCCCCUCCGAGGGGGACAGGGCCCCGCCGAGCUGCUCAGGAGCUGGGGAGGUGCUUGAGAUGGACGCUCAGCACGUCGACCUGAACUCGGCGCAGGGCAAGCUGUCACUCAAGGAUGAGCAUUCCUAUUAUUCCCAAGUGCCACUGGAGCACUGCAGCAGAGAGGAGGCAGUGGAGGAAAUGGCCGUUACUACUGAGACAGCCGGUUGUGAUGACCUGAAAGAGCAAGGCCAGGGAGCGUCUGCCGAGGACGACGGAGGGAACGAGCCCUUGGUGGCUUCGGUUUUUCCAGACGCUUCGUUUCCAUCUUGCGAUGUUGUGGGGACUGCGGAAGAGCCAGAAGCCGUAACACAAGCCCCGACGUGUGACAGCAGUGGCGGUGCCUCCGAAUUCGCUCCCGCUCCCCAUGACGACUAUUCCGACACGGCCGAGAGCGACAGCGAGCCGGGUAGCGACGACAGUGACUCAGAGGAUUCUGAUUCUGAUGACAGCGUGCCACGGAAGCGGCUGCAGUCCGUUGUGGUUGUCCCAAAGAACUCGAGCAUCGUGGUGGAGGACAGCAGCCCCUGCUCCUCGCGGAGCAGCCAGGGCACCCGGCGCUACUCCGACCACUGGGACGACGAGAGGCCGGAACCAAGCAGGCCCUACUAUGAGGAGAGACCGGAGGCUAUGGCGAGUAACAACGGGCCCCAGGCUGAGAGCAGAUGCUCUCCAAGAGGGAUGGAGAAGAGUCCGGCCUCGUCUACCGAGCUCAGCAGGAAGGACGGUGAAGAGCUGCGGGCAGACGCGUGCCAGCCGCAGAGCGACGGCGUGGACAGCACAAGCCAGGCAGAUCUGGCAGUAGAUUCUCAAGGCAAACCCAACCCAGAUGAGAGCAUGCUUAAUGAGCUGAUGUCCAUUGGUAGACCGCUCGGCCGGCAAGAAGAGCAGCCGUUUUGUGUGCCUGAGAGCUUUGAGGGCGCCGAUAAGUCUUGCCAUCAGAUGAGCUUUUCCAAGCCAGACAGCCGGCAGGGGAGCGGGGUGCUCGAUCCGUCUGGCCUUGGAGACUGCUCCAGGGAGGACGGUUUUCAUCCAGUGGAGGGUAUGGGUGGCGUGAGCUGGGACUUGCAGGCGGAGAAGCCCAGCAGCACCUAUCAGCAGCCGGAUAGCAGCUUCGGGCUCUACUCGGGCUAUGUUUACCAGCCAGGCACGGGAGCCUACAGCAGCUCUCAGAACUGCUGGCAGGGCAACGGCUACUGGGACGCGAGAUCUGCCGGCCGGCCUGCUGGAGGCAACUACGAACGAGUUCAAGGACAAGUGCCGGAUUCUCUAACGGAGGAUCACGAGGAGUACGAGGAUGACCGCUGGGAUGAUGAGUGCAAGCCUGGCUUCCCCAGCCCUUCCAGUAAGUUCCACGCUCCUGGGCAGAAAGAGACGGGCUCGGUGCAAGCCCACGAGAUCAGCAGCAACUCAAGCAAGGAGCCGGUGUCUGGUGCUGAGAAAAAGGAGGAGGUGAAGGCUUUGGAAAAGAACGAUGUGAAGGAGCGGGGCCCGCCCAAAAAACGGCGGCAGGAGCUGGAGAGCGACUCCGAGAGCGAUGCGGACUCGAGGGAGAGGAAGAAGGUGAAGGUGGAGGGCGAGCAGGAGGUGACACCGCAGGACUCCUCCAUGGUCGGCCGCCCGUGCAUCAUGGACGACUUCCGCGACCCGCAGCGCUGGAAGGAGUUUGCCAAGCAGGGGAAAAUGCCCUGUUACUUUGACCUCAUUGAGGAGAACGUGUACUUGACGGAAAGGAAGAAGAGCAAAUCCCACCGGGACAUCAAGCGAAUGCUGUGCGAAUGCCCUCCUCUCUCCAAGGAAGAGCGGGCGCAGGGGGAGGUUGCUUGUGGAGAAGACUGCCUGAACCGCCUGCUCAUGAUCGAGUGUUCUUCCAGGUGCCCAAAUGGUGACUACUGCUCCAACCGACGCUUCCAGAAGAAGCAGCACGCAGAUGUUGAAGUAAUCCUCACUGAGAAGAAAGGCUGGGGGCUCAGAGCUGCCAAAGAUCUCCCAUCAAACACUUUUGUGUUGGAGUACUGCGGGGAGGUGCUGGACCACAAAGAGUUCAAGGCACGCGUGAAGGAGUAUGCCCGCAACAAGAACAUCCACUACUACUUCAUGGCUUUGAAGAAUGACGAGAUCAUAGAUGCUACGCAGAAAGGAAACUGCUCUCGUUUUAUGAACCACAGCUGUGAACCGAACUGCGAGACACAAAAGUGGACUGUGAAUGGGCAGCUCAGAGUUGGGUUCUUCACCACCAAGCUGGUCCCGUCGGGCUCUGAGCUGACCUUUGAUUACCAGUUCCAGAGAUACGGCAAAGAAGCUCAGAAAUGUUUCUGUGGCUCAGCCAACUGCCGGGGCUACCUGGGAGGAGAGAACAGGGUCAGCAUCCGGGCUGCAGGGGGGAAGAUGAAGAAGGAACGCUCCCGUAAGAAGGAUUCGGUGGACGGGGAGCUGGAGGCACUGCUGGAGAACGGGGAGGGCCUCUCGGACAAGAACCAAGUUCUCAGCUUGUCCCGGCUGAUGGUGCGCAUCGAGACCCUGGAGCAGAAGCUCACCUGCCUCAAGCUCAUCCAGAACACGCACUCGCAGUCCUGCCUGAAAUCCUUCCUGGAGUGCCACGGCUUGUCUCUGCUCUGGAUUUGGAUGACGGAGCUGGGCGACGCCAGGGGAAGCACCGCCAACAACCUGAAGCUGCAGCUGGAGAUAAUGAAGACGCUGGAGCUGCUGCCGAUACCCACCAAGAACAUGCUGGAGGAGAGCAAGGUGCUUCCCAUCAUCCAGCGCUGGGCUCAGACCAAGAGUGCCAUCCCGCAGCUCAGCGAAGGCGAUGGGUACUCGAGCGAGAACACGUCGCGCGCUCACACACCGCUCAACACGCCGGAGCUCUCCGCCAAGCAGAGUGCUGAAGGAGACACGGACACCCCCAAGAAACUGGUGUUUCGGAGGCUCAAAAUUAUAAGUGAGAACAGCAUGGACAGCGCUAUCUCGGAUACAACUAGCGAGCUGGAGGGGAAGGAAGGCAAAGAGGACCUGGACCAGCUGGAGGUCGCCCCGACGGAGGUGUCAGAGGAGCAGCAGCUGCAGCAGGAGGUGAAAGUGGCCGCGGACACACCGGUGGAGAGCAGCAAGCCCCAGGAGCUGGAGGCUGAGCCUGAAGCAGAGGUCAAGGAGAGCAAUGGCACCAAGCUGGAGGAGCCCAUCACGAUGGAAACGCCGUCUCAGGACGAAGAGGAAGGAGUGUCUGACGUCGAGAGCGAGAGGAGCCAAGAGCAAACGGACAAAAUUGUGGAUGUGAGCGACUUGGCCACCAGGCUGCUCGACAGCUGGAAAGACCUGAAGGAGGUGUACCGAAUCCCAAAGAAGAGUCAAGCAGAAAAGGAGAGCAGUGCUGACCGAGGCAGAGAGGCAGCUGGCCUCAGGGAUCAGACUCCCACACCGAAGAACCCUGUCCUGAGCCGCACGGAUCCCGAGCGACAGAGCCUGAGCAAGGAGAAGAAGAGAAGGCGAGACUCGCUGUCCCCUCCGGCCUCAGCGUAUGAGCGGGGCACCAAGAGGCCCGAGGACAGGUAUGACACGCCGGCAUCCUCAAAGAAGAAAGUCCGCCUCAAGGACCGCAACAAGCUGUCGACCGAGGAGCGCAGGAAGCUGUUCGAGCAGGAGGUGGCCCAACGGGAGGCCCAAAAGCAACAACAACAACUGCAGAACCUGGGCAUGACGUCCCCCCUUCCCUACGACUCCAUGGGCUAUGGCACGCCUCACCACAGCUUCAUCGGCUACCCGCCCGGCUACCCCAUGCAGGCCUACGUGGACCCCAGCAACCCCAACGCGGGCAAGGUGCUGCUGCCCACCCCAAGCAUGGACUCUAUGUGCUCCCCAGCAGCGUACGAGCACCCGCAGCCCUUGGUGGGGCACACGGUGGAACCCACCCUGCCCACUCCCCAGCCGGUCCCAGUAGUCCAACAUGUAGCAACGCCGAUGGAGGUGACGACCCCUCAGUAUGUAGCACAAAGCGACGCCGUGGUCCACCAAGAACCCAACGUGGCCGUCCUGCCCGUGCCCACCACGGGACCGGUGCAAGGGCAGAGCUACGGGGUGUGGGAUUCCAGCCAGCAGACGGUGGCCGUGCAGCAGCAGUACUCGCCAGCCCAAUCCCAGCCAGCCAUAUAUUACCAGGGCCAGACCUGUCAGACUGUUUAUGGGGUGACAUCCCCCUACUCGCAGACGACCCCGCCGAUCGUACAGAGCUACGCCCAGCCAGGCCUGCAGUACAUCCAGGGGCAGCAGAUCUACACGGCCCACCCGCAGGGAGUGAUCGUGCAGCCCCCGCCUGCCGUCACCACCAUCGUGGCAGCCGGGCAGCCACAACCCAUCCAGCAGCCAGAGCUUGUGGUGAGCAACAACCUCCUGGACCUGCCUCCGCCAUCCCCUCCCAAACCCAAAACCAUCGUCCUGCCUCCCAACUGGAAAACAGCCCGAGACCCCGAGGGGAAGAUCUACUACUACCACGUGGUAACGAGGCAAACCCAGUGGGACCCUCCGACGUGGGACAGCCCAGGGGAUGACGCCAGCCUGGAACACGAAGCGGAGAUGGACCUGGGGACCCCAACCUAUGAUGAAAACCCAAUGAAG